AUACUGUUCAGAUAGAAUCUGAAGACACACAGCCUUAUUGCACCCUUGCUGUAUGUGAAUUAAGCUGGAAGCUGCAGAGCAUUAAAGUGAUGCAUUCCAGGUGUGGUGGCAACUUGUGUGAAGAACAUUUUAUCUGAACCUUUUCAGUGGCCCGAGACUUGUUAACUUCCAAGGUGGAAGGGGUAUAUUCUUGGAUACUCCUGUGCCUACAAAAUAACCAAAUAUGAAGGAGGACAAUUGUUUACAUGCCGCUCUUAUCUGCCUGGGCAUGCUCUAUUAUAGCCAUGCCAUAACUACAGAAAAAUUAAACCACGUACGGCCAUCGCUUCAUGGUCACCAUGAAAAAGGAAAAGAAGGACAAGUUCUGCAUCGUUCAAAAAGAGGCUGGGUGUGGAAUCAGUUCUUUGUUAUAGAAGAGUACACAGGACCAGAUCCUGUACUAGUGGGAAGGCUCCAUUCAGAUAUUGAUUCUGGAGAUGGAAACAUUAAAUACAUUCUCUCAGGUGAAGGAGCAGGAAUCAUUUUUGUUAUUGAUGACAAAUCAGGGAACAUCCAUGCAACAAAGACACUGGACCGAGAAGAGAGAGCUCAGUACACUCUCACAGCACAAGCUGUAGACAGGAACACUAACAGACCUUUGGAACCACCCUCUGAAUUCAUUGUUAAAGUCCAAGAUAUCAAUGACAACCCCCCUGAAUUCCUUCAUGAAAACUACCAUGCCAAUGUGCCAGAGAGAUCAAAUGUGGGUACAUCUGUUAUUCAGGUAACAGCUUCAGAUGCUGAUGAUCCUACUUAUGGGAACAGUGCCAAAUUGGUUUACAGUAUUCUUGAAGGUCAGCCGUACUUCUCAGUGGAAGCUCAAACAGGAAUUAUCCGAACUGCCCUUCCAAAUAUGGACAGAGAAGCUAAGGAAGAGUAUCAUGUUGUAAUACAGGCAAAAGAUAUGGGAGGACACAUGGGAGGCCUCUCAGGGACAACCAAAGUGACAAUUACACUUACAGAUGUCAAUGACAACCCACCAAAGUUUCCACAAAGUAAGUAACAAAAUCCUUAAUCACAGA